CAUGCUUCUUUCCACCACAUCUCCCCUUCCUCUGCUUGCAUGGACGCCCUCCAGGCAAUGAAGCUGGUGGAGGCAUAUGAGCUGGAGGAGUUGAGGGACGGCAAGAUGCUGGCGGCAAGCGAGGAGGCCAUAGUGGAAUUUGCAGACCUGGCUCUGGACUGCAUCAAGUCUCCAGGCACACGGCGACCCACCAUGAAGGAUGUGGCAUACCGCCUCAGUGCCCUGAUUGACAAGCACUGUCCUGACAAGGAGGAUGAGUGGGAGAGUCUCGUGAAAGAAGAGAGUGAAGGCAACGAGUAUAUAUCUUCAAGGGAUGUUUUUGCUGCGUCAUUGGGAGACAGUAGGAGGGAGUCUGGGAGGUCCUAUGGCUCACAGUCUGGUGCGAGCUUGUUCAUGCGCAUUGGCUCGAUAGCUGAGUCUUGCCUCGCCGCAACACCCGCCCACAGUCUGCUUCCCUUCCGCUGCUCCCCUCCCGCCCCCUGCCCCCCUCCUCCCACUGCCCCCCUCUCUUCUUCUGUCUCCUCCCUCCGCUCCCUUGUCCGCCUCUUCUGCCUCCGUAGUAGUACGAUUACUCCAGUGCUGCCGCCUCGCUGCCCUCGCUCGCGCCCGUGCUGCUCCGUCUCCCUCUCCAGUGCUGCCGCCUCAUCCAACGCCCCCUUCUCCUUCCUAGCUUCCUCCCCUGACGUGGCUUCGCACUGCGCCAGCUCAGCCUCUAGCACUGUCAGCCCCUCUAUAGCUACACCGACAGUUCAAACUGUGUCUCAGAUAUUCACAGAACCUGGCAAAAGAACUCUUUCCCCAUCGCUUUGUGAGGUGCUUCUCGCUCUUGUCCCUCUUGACCUCUUGCCCCCCAUUCUCCCCCUGCCCAUCCUCAUUCUCAUCAUCCUCUCCUCUGGUGGUGCUCGCUUUGCCUCGUCUGCUCCUUAG